AGAAUUCAGGCUGUCUCUUUUGCAGGUCUGUGUGCGAUGCUGCCAGCUAACCUGUCUCCAGCUGGCUCUCUGGAUGAGUGGUGAAUCAAAACACAAUGGGGAAAACUGUUCAGCUGCUUCGCUGGGUAGCUAUUUACUUCUUCCUUAAAGGCGGCGGCUGUUCCGAAGCUGAGCACCGGCUCUACGAAGAACUGUUUGCAAAUUACAAUAACAUUAUCAGGCCUGUGGAGAAUGUGUCCGACCCCGUCAUUAUUUGGUUCGAGGUGUCCCUGUCACAACUGGUAAAGGUGGAUGAAGUGAAUCAGAUUAUGGAGACCAAUUUAUGGCUGAGACAUAUUUGGAAUGAUUACAAGCUCAAGUGGAAUCCAGAGGACUACGGAGGCGUCCGGUUUAUUAGAGUGCCGUCACAUAAGAUCUGGAAGCCAGAUAUCGUAUUAUAUAACAAUGCUGUCGGGGACUUCCAAGUGGAUGACAAAACCAAGGCCAUAUUGAAUUACACUGGUAACGUAACUUGGAUGCCCCCGGCUAUAUUUAAGAGCUCCUGUAAAAUAGACGUGACCUACUUCCCGUUUGACUACCAGAACUGCACCAUGAAGUUUGGCUCUUGGUCCUAUGACAAAGCCGAGAUAGACUUGGUUCUCGUAGGCUCCAUGAUGAACCUCAAGGACUACUGGGAAAGUGGAGAGUGGGCUAUUAUUAAUGCGCCAGGUUAUAAACAUGACAUUAAGUACAACUGCUGCGAAGCCGUCUAUACAGAUAUCACCUAUUCACUUUAUAUCAGGCGGCUGCCCUUGUUUUACACCAUCAACAUGAUUAUUCCUUGCCUCCUGAUCUCCUUUUUAACCGUGUUGGUCUUCUAUCUGCCCUCGGAUUGUGGCGAGAAAGUCACACUGUGUAUUUCGGUCCUUCUUUCGUUAACCGUGUUCCUCCUGGUGAUAACAGAGACAAUUCCUUCUACCUCUCUGGUGAUCCCGCUGAUAGGGGAAUACCUCCUCUUCACUAUGAUAUUCGUCACGCUCUCCAUUGUCAUCACCGUCUUUGUACUGAAUGUACACUAUAGGACUCCCCGGACGCACACCAUGCCCGAGUGGGUGAAGACCAUUUUCCUUAACUUUCUCCCGAGGAUCAUGUUUAUGACGAGGCCGACUGGCGAAGAUGGCGACGAGCCGAAGCCAAAAUCCCUUUACACUGCUGAGCUCUCCCACUUAAACUCCCUCAGCACCUCCGAAACCAAGUCCAGCAGAGAAGGGUUCCCGUGCCAAGGAGCGGCAUGCGGCUGUUGUCAGUGUCAACAUAUUAAAUAUGUGAAGAUGAACAGCAACUUGACCCAGAGCUCCAGCUGCGAAUCUGUGGACGCUCUGCUUCCCUUUUCAGUUCUGUCCCCGGAAAUGAGGGAGGCGAUCGAGAGCGUUAAGUACAUUGCAGAAAACAUGAGACUGCAGAAUGAAGCCAAAGAGACUCAAGAUGAUUGGAAAUACGUCGCCAUGGUGAUUGACCGCAUUUUUCUGUGGGUUUUUAUUCUUGUGUGUAUUCUGGGAACAGCUGGACUAUUUCUGCAGCCUUUGAUGGUUACAGAUGAAGUGUAGACAAAAAAUACCCUGUAAAAAAAAAAGUAAUUUCUUGUCUGCUGUCCAAACUUCUUACACUCUCUUUAUGCUAAAGUAACUGUUUCUGUGUCUGUGAGUAGCAAAGAAUUCCUGAAAGUUAAUUUGCCUAGACUCAGCCACUGAAAAAGUUGAUAAAAGUUAUUGCAAGUCCUUGUGAGACACCGAAGAAUAAUUUUUUAAAACUAAAAGUCUUCCAGACUUUGGUUGUUUUUCUCUAAUGGAAU